AUUCAGUGAUCGCGAGCAAUGCGAUUUAGAACUGCAAUCGGAUCGAUUUCAAAUCGCAGUUUCGUUGAUAACUCAACUCAGUCUAUUCUCAAGUGUCGUGUGUGAAGGAAUCUACAGCUAAAAUCUCAACCCAAAAACCAUAAAGCAAAGAAAUCCCAGCUUGUAAAAAGUGACAACCAGUUAAAAUGCAGUUACUAAAUUUAGUGUGCCUCAAGCAAAAGGUGGCACACAUCGCCAACAACAACAACCAGAAUCAAAGCAAAGAAUCCCACGAAAGAGAUCCGAAGGAUACAGGUAUCUUCGGUUGCUUUGCCAAGAAGGAAGAGCAGCAGCACAAUCCCAAAAAGAAACAAUCAGAAGAACCCAGAGACAGUUCCAACUCAGGCAGUUAUAAAGUUCAGCAAAAAGAGCAGGAAGAACAGAGGGAAACCGAGAAGGAGUAUCCAUCCGUUUACCGCCAGCAGGACGAGGAGUUUCAUCCGAUAAAAAAGGAGGAGCCGCAGAAAACCUUACCGAUAUCCAAACAACCCCGUCCGCGAAAUACCCCAAGAUCGCAAAGUCAGCCGGCUAUAAACAACCGACGACGUCCAGGAACUCCGCCACCACACACAACCACCGCUGGAAACGGAACCGGAAGCAGGAGCAUGACCUCCAUACCCGCCAAUCUGUCUAGCAAUAAUGUGGCUGGAGCAGCAACAUUACCAGGAGGUGCGGCGCCGCCAGAGAAACAGCCAUGGCCCAACUCCAAGGAUGAUUACGAGCUGAGAGAUGUCAUUGGAGUGGGUGCCACAGCCGUUGUCCAUGGCGCGUACUGUAUUCCAAGGAACGAGAAAUGUGCCAUCAAGCGCAUCAACCUGGAGAAAUGGAACACGUCGAUGGACGAGCUGCUCAAGGAGAUUCAGGCCAUGUCCUCAUGUUUUCAUGAGAACGUGGUAACCUAUCACACCUCGUUUGUGGUGAGGGAGGAACUAUGGUUGGUUCUGAGACUUCUGGAAGGUGGGUCCUUGCUGGACAUUAUCAAGCACAAGAUGAGAACGUCCAACUGCAAACAAGGCGUCUUCGAUGAAGCCACCAUAGCCACGGUACUCAAGGAAGUCCUCAAGGGAUUGGAGUAUUUCCACUCCAAUGGCCAAAUUCAUCGAGAUAUCAAAGCGGGAAAUAUCCUGAUAGGUGAUGAUGGCACCAUCCAGAUAGCUGACUUUGGUGUGAGUGCUUGGCUGGCCACUGGCAGGGAUUUGUCCAGGCAAAAGGUUCGCCAUACCUUUGUGGGAACCCCCUGUUGGAUGGCUCCCGAGGUGAUGGAGCAGGAUCAUGGCUACGAUUUCAAGGCGGACAUUUGGUCCUUUGGGAUAACAGCUAUCGAAAUGGCCACGGGCACGGCGCCCUAUCACAAAUACCCGCCGAUGAAGGUGCUGAUGCUGACUCUGCAGAACGACCCGCCCACUUUGGACACUGGUGCGGAUGAUAAAGAUCAGUACAAGGCCUACGGCAAGACAUUCCGCAAGAUGAUCGUCGAGUGUUUGCAAAAGGAGCCAUCGAAACGGCCCACGGCUAGUGAGCUACUGAAGCAUGCCUUCUUCAAAAAGGCCAAGGAUCGCAAGUAUCUUACCCAGACGUUGCUUCAAUCCGGACCCAGUAUGGAGACCAGGGUUCACAAGGCGGCGAAACGACAGCCAGGAGCUUCGGGUCGUCUGCAUCGUACGGUGACGGGAGAAUGGGUUUGGUCCAGCGAAGAGGAGGACAAUGGUGGCUCCGUCUCCGGUUCGGGAUCUGGUGGUGGAAGAAAACACCCCUCUUCGGACUCAGACUCCGAGGAUAGACCUAUAAAUCGCUUGGAGAGAGCCGACUCCUCGGACAGCGACAGGGAAGAACCGUCUCCUGAAAUAACGCAUAGUGUUUCCUCAGCCACGGUAACACCUGGCGCUCCAGCUGGAGCAGCUGCCGCCCAAGAGCUGACAGCUGGCCUGGCUCAAUUACCAUUACCCAGCGAAUCCGCCGGCGAGGCACCUCCCGUCAAUCUUGUCCUGCGCAUGCGCAAUUUGCGUCGCGAACUUCACGACAUUCGUUUCGAGUUCGUUGUGGGAAAGGAUACGGCCGAGGGCAUAGCUACGGAACUAGUGGAUGCCGGUCUCGUUGAUGCCCUGGACACCCAGCCGAUGGCCUCGCAUCUGGACAAACUGAUAGCUGCCAGUGCCACGAUGAAAACGAUUACUUUCCAAUUGAGUUCCGGCGUGCAGCCAGGCGAAGUCCCCGACGAACGUUCGCUGGUGGGCUAUGCGCAGAUCUCCAUCACGGACUAGUGAUCAGCCAUGGAUCAUGGAUCACAGCCAACCCAACCCAUCACAAGAGCAUCCCAAACACCACCACAUGCACCAUCCCUGAUAAAAACCAAGCCAGUCUGAUGAUACGUAAGGCCACGAGGGUUCGGGACUUGUAUUCCCCAACUGGAGAGCCGUUGCUGUUUGCUGCUUUUAGCACUAGACUAGAACUAACUGUAUAUGCUAGUGAUAGAUCUUAACGCGAGCCGAUCGUUUACUAUAUAGAGAAACUAUCAAUACACACAUAUAUAUAUUUAAUAGGAUGGGUCGAUUUUGGUUGACAAAACUUAGGUGGGGAAAAAGAGAUUUAUUUGAUUCUAAGCUUUUGGAAUAAUAUUGUUUUCAAACACCUUUUAAAAUGAAAACUUACAUCUCAAACAUUUUGAUACAUAAAUCAUAUUCUAAAAAUUUUAAAUAUUUUAAACUUGGCAGUAUGGAAAUAUAGGCGUUUAAUACAACUUUAAUUCAAUUUAAUUUGCCUCAAACUAUUUUCCUGUUAAAAGUUGUCUUUCCAAACUUUGAUUUAUUUAUUCAACCAGAAAAAUCGACCCGCCCCUAUUGUUUUAUAUAUGCCUUACCUAUUAUAUUAAUCCUAUGCGCAUUGUAAUUACUCCAUGUGCCCCGCCUCCUGUCCCACAACCACCACCUUUUUUUCUUCGCCCCGCUAAAGUAAUUGAAGAAUCGUGUACUUAUUCGUUUUCGUUUCGUUCUUAUUUAAGUAGCUGUACAUACACCACACAUAUAUAUCUAUAUAUAGUUCUUGUUUUUAAUUAGCCCACUGAAAUCAGUAGAUCCUGAUAUAGUCCUGCCUCUUUAUAUCAUUUAUCAAUCGCUAUCCCGCUAGGCGCCUCUAAUUUAUUCUCUAGCAAUCUAAACUACUUAUUUGUAAAGCCUAGUGCAUAAGUUUCGUUUUUGUUUUACUUUUAUUUUAUAUUAUAAUUCACCAUUCUGCUCUGAAUACCUACUGUAUGAGUUUUUCGAUAAAAUCGCAAAUGAUAUAAACUUUAAGUGAGGCCAGAGAGAGAAAAGGAGAGUAGAAAUUAUAAUUCAAAAUUUUGUAACUACAUUGAAGUAAAUCGCAAAUCAAUUACUUCAAAACAAUGAAUAAUAUUAAAACAUUAUAAGUAAAAAAUAUCACAAAAAAUGAAACGAAAAAGGAAUUAAA